AUGGGGACUUUUGAUCUGUGGACAGAUUACUUGGGGUUAGCACGUCUGGUUGGGGCUCUGCGUGAAGAAGAGCCCGAGGCCAGGCUGGACCCCCAGCCAGAGCCAACACCAAGUCCAGAGGACCAGAAACCCAGCUCCCAGUCCUCACCAGCUCCCGAACGCCUGUGCUCUUUCUGCAAACACAACGGGGAGUCCCGGGCCAUCUACCAGUCCCACGUGCUGAAGGACGAGGCGGGCAGGGUUCUGUGUCCCAUCCUUCGGGACUAUGUGUGUCCCCAGUGUGGUGCCACACGGGAGCGCGCUCACACCCGGCGCUUCUGCCCACUUACUGGCCAGGGCUACACCUCUGUCUACAGCUACACCACCCGGAACUCAGCGGGCAAGAGGCUGGCCCGGCCCGACAAGGCGAGGACACAGGACACCAGCCACCGCCGGGGAGGAGGAGGAGGAGCAUCCUCAACAGGUGGCUAG